AUGAGUACCAACAACACACAAGUAGGUAUCACUGCUAACCAGCGACUAAGGGACUCUAUCGACUUUAUAUCGAGGGCACUAACAGAGCUUGAAAACGUUCCGGACAGCUCACAAACUCGCGACGAUCUUAUGAGGGCACAAACUAUACUAUCCUUCUGUAUCCUUGCUCAAAUAAUAAUUGCAGCCGAUCAUGUCAACGCAGAAUCCGAGUGUUCGAUUUGCACCGAGCCUUUUCAAGUGGGGGAUGAUGCUCGACAGAUGCCUUGUCAUGAAUCCCACAUAUUCCAUGCUCGCUGCCUUCUUCCAUGGCUGAAAAGGCGUAAUACUUGUCCCACCUGUAGAACUCGCUUAGUCCGUCCGAUAAAUGCAACUCCAGAUUCUCAGAACGAGGAAUUCGUUACAUCCAGAACCUCUAAUAAUGGCUAG